CCUCUAUAAGAUCUGUGUAAUUCCACUAUCUUCAACACAAGCCAAGGCCACAAAGAGCCUUCAAACUCAAGAUGGUUCCUUCAAUUUCUUUCGUUCUUUCUGUACUUAUUAUCCUUGUGCUCUCACCUUCCUGUUCACUUUCCUUUCCAAUUCGUGAUAGUUUUCUCCAAUGUCUCAUUGUCAAUUCUGAAAUUGUUAUUCCUUUCUCCAUUGCCUUUUACACGCCUGACAAUUCUUCUUUCUCUUCCUUUUUACAGUCUUCUGCUCAAAAUCUCAGGUACUUGUUGCCUUCUGUGCCAAAGCCUGAGUUCAUAUUCACACCUUUGCAUGAAACCCACAUCCAGGCUGCUGUUAUCUGCUCAAAACAGCUUGGAAUCCACCUCAGAGUCCGUAGUGGAGGCCAUGACUAUGAGGGUCUCUCUUAUGCUUCUGAAAUUGAAGCACCUUUCAUUGUUGUAGACCUUUCAAAGCUUCGUUCUGUUACGGUUGAUAUUGAAGAUAACAGCGCAUGGGUUCAGGCUGGUGCCACAAUUGGUGAAGCUUACUAUAGAAUUGCUGAAAAAAGCAAAACUCACGGAUUCCCAGCUGGUCUUUGCUCCAGUUUAGGCGUUGGUGGACACAUUACAGGCGGUGCUUAUGGUUCCAUGAUGAGGAAGUAUGGUCUUGGUGCUGAUAAUGUCAUCGAUGCUCGUAUAAUUGAUGUCAAUGGCAGAGUUCUUGACCGACAAGCUAUGGGAGAAGAUCUUUUUUGGGCUAUUAGAGGAGGUGGAGGAGCUAGCUUUGGAAUCAUUGUUUCUUGGAAACUAAAUUUGGUUCCUGUACCCGCAACUGUGACAGUUUUUACAGUUACUAAGACCUUGGAAGAAGGUGCCACUAAAUUGCUCUACCGGUGGCAGCAAGUUGCACAUAAGCUCGAUGAGGACCUCUUCAUCAGAGUCAUAAUACAACCGGCUACAGCUGGGAACAGCACUGCAAGAACUGUAACAACUUCCUACAAUGCCCUGUUUCUUGGAGAUGCCAGCAGACUCCUCCAUGUAAUGCAUAAAAGCUUCCCUGAAUUGGGUUUGACAAGAAAAGAUUGCACAGAAACAAGCUGGAUCAAAUCAGUGCUAUACAUUGCUGGCUACCCAAUCACAACACCUCCAGAAGUUUUACUGCAGGGGAAGUCUUUAUUCAAGAACUAUUUCAAAGCCAAAUCAGAUUUUGUCAAAGAACCCAUUUCUGAGACAGCUCUCAAGGGUCUCUGGAAAAGGUUAUUAAAAGAAGAAAGUCCAUUGAUGAUAUGGAAUCCAUAUGGUGGAACGAUGAGCAAAAUUUCCGAAUCUGAAAUUCCUUUCCCUCACAGAAAGGGAAACCUGUUCAAGAUCCAGUACUUGUCAACUUGGCAAGACGGAGAAAAGAGUGCUGCGAAGCAUAUGGAUUGGAUUAGGAAGCUUUACAACUACAUGGCACCAUAUGUUUCCAUGUCUCCAAGAACUGCAUAUGUAAAUUACAGGGACCUUGAUUUGGGCAUGAACAAGAAGACAAACACUAGCUUUAUUGCAGCUACUGCUUGGGGAAACAAGUACUUCAAGGACAAUUUCAACAGACUGGUAAAAGUGAAGACCAGAGUAGAUCCUGAUAACUUUUUCAGGCAUGAACAGAGCAUCCCACCACUUCCCGUUUCCCUGAGAAAAAGAAGAGGAAGAGGAGGAGGAAUGAAGGACUAGAGAUUAAGAUUAGCUUGGUUGGAGCAGCGCUUGUCCCCAGAUUGCCCAAGGAAAGGGGAAUAAUAAUUUUCACAGAAAAUUUAUUAUUAUUAUAUUAUUGUGGUCUAAAGUACUGUUGUUCAAAAUUAGCUAUUGUAAGGUUUUUGUUGAAC